AAAAUGCAUCUCACAGUCGAGUUGAGUUCUUGCAGUGCAGACACACACACAGCAUCCGUCUCUCCAGUCUCCACAUCCAAAACACACACAUCCUUUGCAAUGUUCGUCCAGACUGUGUGCCUAUUGGGUUUGACGCUAUCCGUGGCGUUGGCAGUGCCCAUCGAUCCCUAUGGUCCUUCGCUGAUCGCUGCUCCCGCCAUCUCGUAUGCGGCACCCAAGAUCCUGGCCGCUCCUGCCAUCUCGUAUGCGGCACCCAAGAUCCUGGCUGCACCCGCUUUGGCUGUGUCCAAGGUAGCCGUGGCUGAGCCCUACGAUCCCAAUCCACAGUACAGCUUCUCGUAUGGCGUCACCGAUCACCACACCGGCGACUCCAAGCAACAGGAGGAGACACUCGUCAACGGCGUCGUCCAUGGCAGCUACUCGCUGGCCGAACCCGAUGGCACCAUUCGUAAGGUGACCUACACCGCCGACAAGAUCAAUGGCUUCAACGCCGUUGUCGAGAAGAAGGGCGUCGCUGCCGUUGCCAUCGCUAAGCCAGCGUUGGCUGUGGCUGCAGUGCCCACAAUCACCAAGCUGGCGGUGCCGGCUAUCACCAAGAUUGGUUACGCUGCGCCAGCUUAUGCUGCACCCGCCUACGCCGCCUCUGGCUAUGGUGGACACUACUAGACUACGUAGGCUGCGUUCACUGGACUCUACCAUAUCAAACGACAACCACCAAUCCUGGACAAUGUGAUCAGGAUCAUUGUUGAAUAGUUCUAGUUCUAAAUAUGCUACCCAAAACCAAAAACCCGAAACACAACGUGCGUGCUGCUCUGUCAAUCGAUUGCCGUAUCUCCGCAUCAUUCCUAUCCCGGACAACCUGAAUUUAGCUCUUAGGGUUACCGUUUUCUAGGGGAUUUUGGGGGACGGCUAACGGCCAUUUAUCUAGUGAUUACUUAUCUGCAUCUACUGAAUAAAAGUUUCGGUACAAAAAACACAACCUGUUUAUUUUCA